UCGACUCUGCGACUCUUUGCUUUUCAAACCCACGUCAAUGUGCACCCUAAUAGGCCUCUUCAGUGCCUUUUUCAAAGCUGCAAUCAAAGGGAAUUUUCAAUUUAUCUUGCUCUCCAGAGUUAUAUGAGAAAUCUUAUUUUAGCGAUUAUUGAGAGUGAAACAACGAGGGGCAUUUCCUGUGGAGCUCAGCCAUGGAGAAGCAACGGUGGAAACAUGAAACUUUCUUCGUGUUGUUUCUUCUCCUGGUUCAAAUAUUUGGCUUAGAAGAUGGCAGCCGACAGACAGCCGAGAUCUGUUCCACGCAUACCAUUUUACCUGGACCGAAAGGAGAUGAAGGUGAAAAGGGAGACCAAGGAGAAAUGGGAAAAACUGGGAAACUUGGCCCCACAGGAUCCAAAGGAGACAAAGGAGCAAUUGGAGAUAUUGGUGAACAAGGAAUGAUAGGUAAAAUUGGACCAAUUGGCAGGAAAGGUGACAAAGGAGUAAAGGGUGAAUCUGGAGUCACUGGAGGGAAGGGUAAAGCAGGUGGUGUCUGUGAUUGUGGAAAAUAUCGCAAAGUUGUUGGACAACUGGACAUCAAUGUGGCUCGACUCAAAAAUUCCAUUACCUUCGUAAAGAAUGUGUUAGCAGGCAUCAGAGAAACAGAAGAAAAAUACUACUACAUUGUUCAGGAAGAGAAGAACUACAGGGAAGCCCUUGCUCACUGCAGGAUUCGAGAAGGAAUCUUAGCCAUGCCGAAGGAUGAAGCUGCUAACACGGUGAUUUCUGACUACGUCUCCCAGAGUGGCUUCUUCAGAGUCUUUAUAGGGCUGAACGACAUAGAGAACGAAGGCCAGUUCAUGUAUGCAGACCGUACACCAUUGCAAAGCUAUAGCAAUUGGAAGGAAGGAGCGCCUCAGGACACCCAAGAGAAUGAGGACUGUGUGGAGAUGCUCAGUACUGGGAAAUGGAAUGAUACGGAAUGCCACCUCACCAUGUAUUUCGUCUGUGAAUUCCCAAAGAGGAGGACGUAGGCUAAAGUUUAGUUUAGUUUAGUUUAUUGUCAUUGCAUCUUGUACAAUGAAAUUAAAUACCAUCUUCAGUAUACAU